UAGGAUAAUAAUUGCAAGCGCAGAAGUUUCCACAAGUAUAUUUUACGUGUAUACGCGUUACGCGAUGGGUGAUAGUAAAUGAUUUCCAUAUUCAAUCUCGCCGAAAAUCUUCUUCGAUUCUACGAGCCUCGCCAUGAUAGUGUGCUAUUGUUCUUCCCCAGUUUUCUCUCCGUUCACGUGAUUCACCUUCCGGCCCCACGUGUUUUCCGCCGUCUCCGGCGCUAUUCAGCUCGCACGCUUCCUCUGAUUCUUUGCCCGAUGUUUAAAACUUCGUGAGAAUCACUCUUCCCCCAUUCCCGGAUCCAGGUCGCUUUCAUAUACGCACGCAUUUUGUUUGUUCACUUUUGUCUGGGGAUUGGGUUUUCAGUGUGAUUUGUUCUUGAGGAGGAGGGGUCACGAUUGGGGUGUGCUUGAUGAAAUGCUGAUCUGAAUUGUUGCUGUUGUGAGUUUUUGAGUUCUGGGUGCGUUUAAUUUAGUGAUGGGAGGAUGGUGGUGUAGCACUUGAGCUCAAAAGCUGGCAUUUUUCGUGUAUUUCUUGCUCACGAAAGGCGAAAUUCUUUGCUUACAUAUUGGCCUGAUAGAAUUUUUGAAGAAGGUAAAUUACUUAACUCAGCGACCCAUUAGUUGAGAGGACUUAUUUUGUCAAAUUUUCACCCACAAAAAGGCAAAAUUCAUAGCACAUCCCGGCUAACAGGAUUUGUAUAGGUGGUAAAUCACGGUGUUUCAGCAGACCGUUAGGUGUUGAUUUAUGUUUGAUUGGUUGAUGAAAAGAAUGGAGAUUUCUGGGGGGUUCAGCCCGAGAACGAGCCCGGGUGCAAGGGAAAAGCCAAAGGGCAUGGACUCAAAUCUCCAGAAUUUGGAAUGGGAAGUGACCAACAGUGGGUCAAUAGCAUUGGAUCACCAUUUUCACUCCUUGAAUGCUGUUGAAAUUCUGAGAGAAACGGUGUGGAUUCUUAGGUACAAUUUGAUGGGGUUCUUGUCCAUUGCUGCCUUGUUGAUUUGCCCAGUGUCUGCUUUGGCUUUGUCCAAUGUCUUGGUUGAUCAAUCCAUGGUGAAGAUUCUCACAAUUAGGCUUUUGCUUGUGGCAAAGUCCAGUGGACUUUCCCUAAGGCCUUUUGUUAGGCAGUCUGUUCAGAAGUUCUCAGAGAUGGUGAUUUCGAGUGCAAUGUGUUUCCCUCUGUAUGUCGUCUUCUUGCUGCUCUCGAAAGCUGCAAUUGUUUACUCGGUGGAUUGUACUUAUUCCCGGAGAAAGUUCAGCCCUUUGAAGUUUUUCGUGAUCAUUACCAAGAUUUGGAAGCGGGUGGUGGUGACUUACUUGUGGGCGUGCUGUUUGAUUUCUGGUUGCCUCGCGCUGUUCCUCGUGCUCCUUGUUGCCGUGUGCUCCACUUUUUCGAUCAUGGGGUUCCCUUCGGACUUGAUCUUGUACCCUGCAAUGGUAGUGGGGAUGAUCUUCUCGAUAAUCUUGGCGAAUUGUACUAUUAUUUGUAGUGUUGCAGUUGUGAUUUCGGUGUUGGAGGAGGUCUCGGGGCCUCAGGCGUUGCUUAGGUCGAGCUCCCUCAUCAAGGGGCAGACUCAAGUCGGGCUCCUUAUAUUUCUAGGAUCAACAAUCGGGAUGGCAUUCGUGGAGGGGCUGUUCGAGCAUAGAUCGAAGGCUCUGAGCUAUGGCGAUGGAUCUUCAAGGGCAUGGGAGGGGCCGCUUUUGGUGAUAAUGUACUCAUUCGUGCUGCUAUUCGAUUCCAUGAUGAGUACCGUUUUCUACUUCAGCUGUAAAUCGUAUAGAAUGGAACGAGCAAACAAGGAGAGCCAACCCGUUCUUGAAGCCUUGGCCAUUCCAUAGGGGUUAACAGAAACCAUGUUAUCGAAAACUUUGCUCAAGAACUGAGAGUACAGACUUUUUUUUUUUUUUUUGUUUUCAUUGACAGAAACAUAGAUUCCCCGGAGUUAGAUCUGUAACUUUUGUUUGUCUCGUCUGAUGGAUAGGAUAGAUAUGGCGAGAACGUUUUGUUCUCAGAGAAACAAAAUCUGUGUUUGUAUUGCAGGUUUUUAGUUGCUUCUUCUGAUUUCAAAUGGCAAAACAAAUGGUUCAUUGGUUCUCUGUUUUUCCA